AUGGUUGGGAUGAAAGCAAAAAGGUGGAAAACUGGUCCCGCGUGUGACAACUUUAUACAAUGUCACGUAACAUUUUUGUCACACGCUUUCCUUUCUUCAACAUUAUGACCUCCUCCCUCAGAAAUUCGUUGCAUAGGCGAAAUCAUAAAGAGCGCUCGCAGCUCUCUCAUCGCGCAAAAUUUGGAAUUUUAGAAAAGCACAAGGACUAUGUUCAACGUGCACGGGAUUAUCACUCCAAGCAGGAUCGUAUAACGCGCCUUAGGCAGAAGGCAGCGGAUAGGAAUAAGGAUGAGUUCUACUUUGGGAUGAACAAGGAGAGGACGGUGCAGGGGGUGCAUGUCAAGGAUAGAGGAAAUGUUUCUAUGCCUAUGGAUAUGGUUAAGCUCCUCAAGACACAAGAUGAGGGCUAUGUUCGGACAAUGAGAGCCAACGGAAUCAAGAAAAUCGAGAGGAUCAAAAGCCAACUUACUGCCUUGGCUAACCUUAUUGCCCCGCAGGAUGAUAACAUAGAGGAUGACGGCGAGGACGCGUUGGACGAAACUGACCUGGAAACACUUCGAGAGGCAUGUAUCAUACCGCCAGGAACAAAACGGCGUCCACCCCCACGUCACAUUAUCUUUGCUGAGAAUGAGGUGGAAGCAAAACAAUUAUCUCAGCAGCAAUAUUCAAACCAGGCCAAAACUACGAUUGAAGUGGAUGUCGAACUGACUGAAGUUGAUCUCGGCUGGAAGACCGUGGAAAGUGCAUCGUCUCGACGGAGACGGAAAAACAAAUGCUCAGCCGUUGUAUCAACGGAUAUUGUCGAUGAUGCUGAAGAAACACGGCAACUUAAUGUGCAAAACCGGAAGCGACUCCUAAAAGAACUCGCUGCGCGACUAAAACGUGAUACCCAAUUGCGGUAUACACAACGUGAACUAGAGAUGCAAAGACUUUUGGCGGGUAAGGGAGGUCGGCGGAAGUUGCGUGGCGUCGAAGAAGUAGGGGCUGAGAACGAUGAAGAUGAGGACGAAAUGGACGACGCGGCAGCUUCUAAGGCAAGCAAAGUGGAUGAGAAGAAUUACAAACCUCGGGUAUACAAGUGGCGUAUAGAAAGAAAGCGAUAGUAUUAUCGAAGUCCAUGACAAUCCAUUGUGUAGCUCGACGAGUAUAAUGCGAGUGUAUAUUAUACGAAUUCAGUCCCAGAUCCGGAUCAAAUGAUAGAUUGCUAAAUGUAGAAGGCGCCGAACGCUAUGCUGCCUAUAACCACCCAAACUGAGCUCCACCGACUGAAGCUUAAGUUCAACGAGGAUGAUGUCGCACUCGGUGAGGUUGAACCUGUUCCUCCCGGAGUCGCAAUGGGCGUGGCAGGUGAAUAAGUAACGCCAUUAGCGGUGGCAGCGACUUCGAACACAGAUCCACCACCGUACUCAUAGAA